CCCUCCGGGCGGCAUGUGGGGAGCACGCCCGGGGUGGGCGGCCGAUGCGGAAAUGCUUCAAAGAACAUCAGAAGAUUUUUUUCCAAAGAUGGAAGGUUCAGUUGAAGAGAUGGAUACCUCUGAUACACAGUGGGGCUGGUUUUAUUUGGCUGAGUGUGGUAAAUGGCAUAUGUUUCAGACUGAUUCAAACAGUCAUUGCUCUGUUAGCAGUGAAGAUAUUGAAAGGAGCUUCCGAACAAACCCACAUGGUUCUGUUUCUUUUACUACUGCAAAAUUUAACUACACGCUAGACUUUUCAGUGAUGAAACAAACCAACCUAACUACCCUUAAGCAACGUCCAAUAAAGCGAGCUCCCUUUUCUAUCAGUGCUUUCAGUUUCAUCUGUGAAAAUGAGGCUAUCCCUAUGCCUUCACACUGGGAGAAUGUAAAUACUGAGGAGCCAUAUCAGCUUAUUCCAUUGCAAAAGAAAACAAAUGAAUAUAAUGAAGUUUCUAGUCUCUUUGGAAAAACAAUGGAUAGCCACCGAAUUAAAAGAAUUAAGAGAAUACAAAAUCUAGACUUGUGGGAGUUUUUUUGCAGGAAAAAAGCUCAACUAAAGAAGAAAAGAGGUGUCCCAGCUAUUAAUGAGCAGAUGUUAUUUCAUGGCACCAGUAAUGAAUUUGUAGAAGCCAUAUGUAUUCAUAACUUUGACUGGAGAAUAAAUGGGAUGCAUGCUGCUGUAUAUGGAAAAGGGACCUAUUUCGCAAGAGAUGCAUCAUAUUCCAGUCGUUUCUGCAAAGAGGACAUGAAGCAUGGAGAUACUUUUCAAAUUCAUGGUGUGAAUCUGCAGCCUCAUCUGCAUAGACCAGAUAAAGUCAUGUUUCUUGCUCGUGUAUUAACUGGUGACUAUAUCAAUGGUGAUUCAAAAUACAUGAGGCCUCCUUCAAAAGAUGGAAGUUUUGUGAACUUGUAUGACAGCUGUGUGGAUAAUACCUGGAACCCAAAGAUCUUUGUUAUCUUUGAUGCCAACCAAAUAUACCCUGAAUACUUAAUAGAAUUUUGUUAAGUUUGAAAGGAGCUGAACUGAAUAUUGUUUGUGUCUUUUUGAUACUUUUCUUCCUUUUGUAAAGACAAUAAUAUAAAAACAUGAAGCGUGAAAGGAGAGAGGUGAAAGAAAAGCUAGCAUAUGUUUAUGGAGGAGGGAAGCUAUUAAAACAUUUAAAAGAACUGUUUUUAAAACUCUGUAAACUUUACUAAUACAUUUUUCAAAUGUAGAGAGUAUUACAAAUUUAAAAUUGCUUAGUGAGCCUUAAAUACAUUGGGCAUUGGUAAGUUUUCAAAGGCAAGAUUGAUGUUCUGAUUUUUUAAUAUAUUACAAGUAUUUAUUCAUGUGGUAGAAAUAUGCCUGUAAUAUAGUAUGCAUAUGAUGAAACUAAUCUUUUAUAAAGAUUGUCUGUAGAACAU